AUGAGAUACAUGCUUUCUGUGAUUGUGUCUGGCUUAGUAUAUUCCCUCUGGCGACUUGGAUUCUCAAUCUACAUUUUCAUAGCCAAUGUGAAGAGAUACUUUUUGAUAGACUUCUACGGUGACAAGAUUAUAUCGUACUUUUUAGCCACGGGUACAGCGGCAGGAUUGGCUGUAACCAAAGAUUUGAAUGCAUUUUUCAAUCAACAAUUGGAGGAUUAUGAAAUUGACGAAUUUUGCUCAAAGGGGUACGCAUCGGCGAGUCUCGUCCUCAUUGCAUUCCUAUGCACCGCCAUUUUAUCAGUCAUGUCUUCUUAUGCAAUCGCCGCUAAUGCCAAGCCAUCUCUCUAA